AUGUUCAUAACUAGCUCCUUUUUUCUGCUAUGCUUUGGGUUGCUGUUAAUUUCCAUGCAUAUCAGUUUAAAUGCAGGAAGUAACAAAUGUGAAGGAAGCAGAAAUGUAAUGCAUCCUAACCAGUUAAGCAAAAUUACGACAAAACGACAUUAUUUGUGUAGGAUCUUUAAGGAUGCAUUAUUUCCCUGUUUUUUUAACAUCCCGAGCUAUGAUGUGAAUUGUUAUAGUAGGAGCCUUAAUAAUGGGGUUACUCCAUGCAAUAAAUAUAAAACAAAGAAAAAAAAAUAUGCCAGUAAUGGUUUUUCUAAUGACAACAUAGCAGAAAUAAUAGGGAAGGAAGACAACAAUCCCGCUCAGGAUGGGCAAUGUGUAUAUAGAAAUAACAAAAGGAAAAAAAAGCACCAAUCAGAUGGAAUUUACUACACAAUUUGUAGUAAGAAUUACCAAUGUAGUGGAAACAAGAUGUUGAUAUAUCCAUCCUUAUGUACAGAACCGAAAUUGUUAUUUAUAAACCAUUUUAAUUUAACCCGUUUGAUGAAGUAUGGACUUAAAAAGAGAGGGGAAAAAUUUAUUCAUAGAAGAGACUUUCAUCAUAGUUACGGAAGAAGUGACUCAUGGAUGAACAAUUCGAAAAAUGGAAUGAUAGAAAAGGAAUUAUUCUGUGCCAAGAAAGAAAAUAUCUUAUCAUGUAAAGACAUACAAGAAGGUAAUAAAAAGAAGAGAAAUUUUGAACAAGUUGAAAAGAAGCAUCAUGAUGGUAUGGAGCCAUCACCACCCUGUGGUAGAUCAACAAAGUUAGACUUAUAUUUUGAUAAAAUAAAUAGAUAUAUAAAUAUAGAAAAAUAUAAAGACAUAUAUAAUGAAGAAAUAUAUAAUAACAUGAUAAAAUUAUAUGUAGAAAGGAAAAUUCCAGAAAAGUAUGAAAAUAAAUUUUUUACAGAACCAGUAAAAAAAAGUAUCGUAUUUGACAUUGACAAAUAUGAUGACAAUCAAUUUGAAAAAUUAAUCGAAGAAGAAUUUCAAAGAAAUGGAAUUUUCAUAAAUAACAUUGAUAAAGAAUAUUAUAAAAAAGGAAAUAUAAAGAAAAUACAACAAAUUCUGAACUAUUUACCUCUCCUAAAUUUAAUUAAUAAUCCAUAUGAUUUGAAAAAGUUAAAAAGUGAAUAUUUACCUCUUCUAGCACACGAAUUAAAAAUGUUUCUAUUCUUCAUAAUUAAUAUAACUGGUGGGCAUUUUUCCGCUGGCUUAAGCUUGUUAGAAGUUCAACUCUUGCUACUGUACAUAUUUAAUCAACCACAUGAUGUUGUCAUAUAUGAUAUCGGGCAUCAGGCUUACAUACAUAAAAUUUUAACUGGGAGAAAAUUACUAUUUCUAUCCUUAAGAAAAAAAAAAGGAAUCUGUGGAUUCUUAAACAUUUUUGAAAGUGUUUAUGAUAAAUUUGGGGCAGGUCACAGUUCCACUUCUCUAAGCGCAAUUCAGGGAAUAUAUGAAUCCGAUUGGCAGGUAUGGGACAAAGAAAGGAAUAUUCAAUCAUGUGAAGAGAUCCGAAACCGAAAUGUAAUGAUAACUGAUUUGGAUAGACAAAUGGACGAGAGGAAAACGGACCCGAUAAGGGUCGCAACAACUGACACGAAUAAGGAGGAACAACACUGGAGUAAUCCUGAUAGAAAGAGAGCAGAAAAUAAUUACUAUGGAAGAAAUAACUCCUCUGAUUGUUUAGAAAAAUUUCAUAUUGCCAUAAUUGGGGAUGGGGGAUUAACUGGUGGCAUGGCACUGGAAGCAUUAAAUUACAUUUCAUUUAUAAAUUCAAAUGUAUUAAUUAUUUAUAAUGACAAUGGUCAGGUGUCUCUACCAACAAAUGCACCUAGCAUAUCUGGACACAGACCAAUCGGUUCCAUCUCGGAUCAUCUGCAUAGUUUUAUCAAGAAGAAAUGUCAAAGUGGUGAAGAUAAUAAUUUGCUUAAGGAUAAGCAUAUGAACAAUAUUUUUGAAAAUUUGAAUUACGACUAUAUUCAAGUGUCGAAUGGAAAUAAUACUGAAGUGCUUUAUAAAGUUCUCUCCAACAUUAAAAAGAACAAAAUGAAGAAACCCACGGUGCUUCAUGUAUGCACUAGUAAGUCCAACGAAUUCAUAGAGUCCAGGGCUCCAAUAACUAUAAUGCAUUCUAUUAAAAAAAAUGAAAUAUUUCCGUUUAACUUGGGGGAGUUGGACAGGGGGAGCGGCAAAUACAAAUGUGAAGACACGAUCGAAGACAAGAUCGAAGACAAGAUCGAAGACAAACGUGAAGUAAAUAUCGCAAGCCAAAAGGAAGACGGAGAAAAUGGCGAGGGCCCACGCAGCAAAUGUAUAUUCAGCACGAUACAACAGGAAAACAUGUUUUCCAAAAAAACAUUCACAGAUAUAUAUACAGAAGAAAUGUUAAAAUAUUUAGAGAAAGAUAAGAAUAUUAUUUUUAUAUCCCCAGCCAUGUUAGGGGGAUCAGGAUUAGUUAAGAUCAGCUCGAAAUAUCCGAAAAAUGUGUAUGAUGUAGGAAUUGCUGAACAACAUGCAGUAACAUUUGCAGCAGCUAUGGCAAUGAAUAAGAAUCUAAAAAUUCAUUUAUGUAUUUAUUCUACAUUUUUACAAAGGGCUUAUGAUCAAAUUAUACAUGAUAUGAAUUUACAGAAAAUUCCGUUAAAAGUGAUAAUCGGUAGAAGUGGUUUAAUAGGAGAAGAUGGUGCUACUCAUCAGGGGAUCUACGACCUUACUUUUUUGGGUUCAUUAAAUAAUGCAUCCAUAAUAUCACCUAGCAAUCAUGUAGACUUAAAGAAGGCACUAAAAUAUUGUAACUUGGAUAAGGAAAAAUCUUUGUUUAUUCGAUUACCCAGAAUUAAUACCUUCACGGAUGAAUACAUGGAGAAGCACUUCCACAUGGAUCUGCAGCAGGAGGAAGGAGAGGAAGAAGAAGGAGGAGAAGCACGUCAAUGUGGUAGCACUGUGAAAGAUACUCAAAAGCGUUACCUUGAAAAUUUUUAUGGAAAAGCAAGAAUUAUUAAAAUGAGUUCAGAAAAGGCACCAAACAUGGGAGGCAAAAAAAAAGUAGCAAUUUUUAACAUGGGUAGCAUGCUAUUCAAUGUAAUCAAUGCAGUCGAAGAAAUUGAAAGGGAUCCUGUUUUUUCUGAACAUUUCUCAUUUUCAAUUAUUGACAUGAUCUUUUUGAACCCAAUGGAUAAAAAUAUCAUAGACUAUCUUAUUAAAGAAAAUAAACAUCAUUUUCAAAUUACAUAUGAAGAUAAUACCAUAGGUGGUUUUUCAACACAUUUUAAUAAUUACUUAGUAGAAAGGAAUUAUAUUUAUAAGUAUAAUUUAUCUGUUCAUAAUAUUUAUUUGCCAAAUUAUCCCAUCGAACAUGCUACUUACACAGAACAACACGAAAAUGUCAAAAUGGAUGCAUGCAGUUUAAUGCAUAGAAUAAGAAACUAUUUGCAAAAACAAGUGGUCAUCUGA